UCUCCCUGUUGGAAUUUCAGUUUUGACUCGGUCACCUUUGUGAGGCCGAAAGAGAUGGCUAAUAAGCACAACGAGAUGCAGCAGAACACUGGAUUAGUGGAAGCAAUCAUACUUGAGGUUAAAGAUAGAGAAAAGAUUGGAGGGUCCUCUUUAAAGUCUGAUGUCAUUUGCUGCAACAAACACCAUUCUGAACAAGGGGUCUGCAAAGUUGGUGAGGUUAUCAUCCAUAAUAACCCAGACAACCCCGGAUGGCCAAAACGCAUUAAGACCUUUUUCCAAGGGAACAAUGAAGAAGUUAAAAUGGAGCUCGAAAAUGUUGAAAUAAACAGCACUGGGAUGUACUACCUCUAUUUCAUGUUUUGCGAUCCGCAACUCAAGGGUACUCUUAUUAAAGGAAGGACUGUGUGGAAGAACCCCAAUGGUUAUUUACCUGGGAAGAUGGCUCCUUUAAUGACAUUUUUUGGUGUGAUGUCUUUGGCUUACCUUGUACUAGGCCUUGGCUGGUUUUUAAGGUUUGUUCAGUUCUGGAAGGAUAUCAUUCAUUUGCACUACCAUAUCACACUGGUGAUUGCUCUUGGAAUGUGUGAAAUGGCUGUUUGGUACUUUGAAUAUUCUAAUUUCAAUUCAACUGGGAGCAGACCAAUGGGUAUUACAUUGUGGGCAGUGAGCAUUGGCUCUGUUAAGAAGACUCUAUCUCGCCUUCUUCUUUUGGUGGUUUCCAUGGGCUUCGGUGUCGUCAGGCCAACCUUAGGUGGCUUAACAUCAAAAGUACUUCUGCUUGGUUUGGUGUAUUUUAUUGCGACUGAUGCACUUGAGCUGGUAGAACAUUUGGGGAACAUUAAUGACUUUUCUGGGAAAGCAAAGUUAUUUUUGGUUCUACCUGUAGCUUUUUUGGAUGCUUGCUUUAUUCUAUGGAUUUUCUCAUCACUAUCAAAAACUUUAGAGAAACUUCAGAUGAGGAGAAACUUGGCAAAACUGGAGUUGUACCGCAAGUUUACUAAUGCCCUUGCAGUGUCUGUGUUGCUUUCUAUUGCUUGGAUCGGCUUUGAGCUAUACUUCAAUGCAACUGAUCCACUGAAUGAGUUGUGGCAAAUUGCAUGGAUCAUCCCAGCUUUCUGGAAUAUGCUUGCAUAUUCUCUUUUGGUGGUCAUAUGUGUUCUGUGGGCUCCUUCACGUAAUCCAACGAGAUACGCUUACAUGGAGGAGAUGGAUGGGGACUCUGAUGAGGAGGGUGUUGCAUUGACCAGCAAUGGUGCGGACAUGGCAAUGAAGCUGGAAAGGCAGGCAAUUGGAGAUGAUCUUGAAGAGGAUAAGCGUGAAUAGAUGAUAUCGCAAUGUAUAAUAUACCAAAAUCCCUAUUGAAGCUUGAGUUGUACCCUCAGGAAAUAUCUGUAAAUCUUGCUGUACAAUCUGAGUUGUAUGUAUAGCGAACUUGUGAUUGAAGUACUUUGAGAAGGCAUGAACAUAGAUAUUGCAGUAUUACUGUAUUAGUGAAA